AUCGCCUGAGUCGGGGGACCCGGAAGAGGCUGCCCCGAGCGUGUUCCGGGUGUGCCCCUCGCCGCAGCGCGCUCCUCCCUGCCGGGCUGGGGAGGUGGAGUUAGCGGGAGCCGCACAGACCUGGGGGGCGGGGAACGUGUUAAGGCGGGCCAGGGGCUAGGCACGCUUCCCCUUCCCCCCACAGCUGGGGGGGGGGGCCUGCGGCUACCCCCCCUUUCCUUCUCCCCCAGAGCUGCUCCGGGGACACAGCCCUGGCUCUGUCUGCCCCUCCCCCAGGAAGCUGGCCUGGCUGAGGACGCCACCCUCCCGUUCUCCCCCUGCAGCGGGCGGCUGUGAGGGAGGGGCUGGGGGGGGCAGCUGAGGACACGCACCCUUUGGCGGGGCGGGCCAAGCGUGAUAGGUGAGAUCCCUGCCCCCCCCCCCCGCCCCGCUCCCUGCCCUGCCCUUUAGGGCAAAGGAAAGGCCCAGCCCAGCCGCCGCGCGCUCCGGUUUCACUGAAACUAUGGGCUGGGAAGGAGCCACAGACCCAUCAGCCACUAGCAGCCCCACACAGCAGCAUAUGGGGGCGUGGGGACAGGCGGGGAAUCCGGCUCGUAAAUGGAAGGAGCCUUCUCGCUAACCUGGGGUGGGGUGGGGGGGUUGGUUUAACGGGAAGGGGCGGGUUCCUUGGCGGACUCGGGAGCAGCUGCUGCUAUUUGCUGGGGGUUUCGUGGGGAACCUGCUAUUGGAAGGAGGCUGUAGUGAGGGGGCGGGGGGGGGGGGGAGUGCGAAAGCAACAGCCUGAGCCGGCGGCCGCCCCAUUCCUGCUGCAGUCCUGCCCCCGGGGGCGGGAGGGGCGGGGUGCUGAAGCGGAGCGGCUUUUAGAUCCGCCUCUCUCAUUGAUGAAAUUUUAAAUUCUUGUGCGUUUACCUUUAAGCAGUUUUCCAAGACUUAAGAGCCAUAUAUUGCAGGGGACAAGUGUAGGAAGAAGCUGGGACGAACCGAGCGGAGGAAAAAUCCCCCCCACCCCCAGUUCCUUUAUUAAUUUUCUUUUUGAGUGUGUGGGCGGCUUCUCUGGGGGAGUUUUCAUCCCCCAAGGGAGUGAUUAAAUAUCUUUCUAAAUUAUUGAUACUGUAUAACUGGUUGACUAAACCAAACACGGAAACGUCUUCUACACAAGGGGGCGACGGGGAAAAUUGCCUCUCCUGGCGUUGAUAGUGUAAUUUUGGUAAAUUCUCUAUUUAUAAAAGGAAAAUAUUUAUUAAAGAACGGAAAAAAUGUCACUUGCAAUAGAUUACAGAAAAGCAAUGUCUCAAGCUGGCACAUCCCAGUUUCAAGAAGUCAUUCGACAAGAACUGGAAUAUUCAAUGAAAGUGGAACUUGACAAAAUACUUGGAACUGCACCUGAGAAUGAGCUAGAGCACACUAAAAAAGACCUUGAAGGGUUUAAGAAGCUAUUCCACAGAUUCUUGCAAGAAAAGGGACCUUCUGUUGACUGGGGGAAGAUUCAGAGACCUCCAGAAGACUCUAUUCAGCCCUAUGAGAAGAUAAAGGCCAGGGGGUUGCCUGUUAACAUCACCUCAGUCUUGAACAAACUGGUUGUAGUGAAACUAAAUGGUGGCUUGGGCACCAGCAUGGGCUGUAAAGGCCCAAAAAGUCUUAUCGGGGUGCGGAAUGAAAACACCUUCUUGGACCUGACAGUUCAGCAGAUUGAGCAUCUAAACAAAACCUACAACACAGAUGUUCCUCUUGUUCUAAUGAACUCCUUUAACACCGAUGAAGACACAAAGAAAAUCUUGCAGAAGUACAGCCACAGUCGUGUGAAAAUAUAUACUUUUAAUCAAAGCAGGUAUCCUAGAAUUAAUAAAGAGUCUCUACUGCCAAUAGCCAAGGAUGUAUCUUAUUCAGGAGAGAAUACUGAGGCAUGGUAUCCUCCGGGUCACGGCGAUAUCUACUCCAGUUUCUAUAACUCUGGUCUGCUUGACACACUGAUAGGAGAGGGGAAAGAGUACAUUUUUGUGUCCAAUAUAGAUAACUUGGGAGCAACUGUGGAUCUUUACAUUCUUAACCAUCUUAUGAAUCCACCAAAUGGAAAAUGCUGUGAAUUUGUCAUGGAGGUCACAAAUAAAACCAGGGCAGAUGUUAAGGGUGGUACACUCACGCAAUAUGAUGAUAAACUGAGACUGGUAGAAAUAGCUCAGGUUCCAAAAGCACAUGUUGAUGAAUUCAAGUCUGUGUCAAAAUUCAAAAUAUUCAAUACAAACAACUUGUGGAUUUCUUUGCUUGCAAUUAAACGACUGCAAGAGGAAAAUGCUAUUGAUAUGGAGAUCAUCGUUAAUCCAAAGACUUUGGAUGGAGGUUUAAAUGUUAUUCAGCUGGAGACUGCAGUUGGUGCUGCUGUUAAAAGUUUUGAGAAUUCUUUGGGGAUAAAUGUACCUCGUAGUCGUUUUCUGCCUGUCAAAACCACAUCAGAUCUUUUGCUUGUGAUGUCCAACCUGUAUAGCCUUAAUGCUGGAUCCUUAACUAUGAGUGAGAAACGUGAAUUUCCAACUGUGCCUCUCGUCAAACUGGGAAGCUCUUUCACCAAGGUUCAAGAUUACCUGACGAGGUUUGAAAGUAUACCAGAUAUGCUUGAACUGGAUCAUCUCACGGUUUCGGGUGAUGUUACAUUUGGCAAGAACGUUGCAUUAAAGGGAACAGUUAUCAUCAUUGCAAAUCACGGUGACCGGAUUGACAUCCCGCCUGGAGCAGUAUUAGAGAACAAAAUUGUAUCCGGCAAUCUUAGGAUCCUGGACCACUGAGUCAAUGUUCAGUUUGUAGAUCCUGCUAAAACAACCUUAUGAUGGAAGAACCUGUAGGCACUGAAAUAAGUGGCACACAAGGCCUAUGCUUUGUCACUGUACCCUGCAGUAUUAAUUUUAAAUAGCUUUCUGUGCUUCUUUUUAACUAAACACAGUGCAAAGGAUGUGCCGAAGUAAUGCUUUCGUCUUUUAAAGAAUUCUGUAACUCAGAUAAUAUAACCUUAAAGUGCAAUACUGUCUGUCUUGAGACAAGAUGGACAUAACUUCUCUAUAAGAAGUUAAGAGGCUUGCCUCUGAUAGUCAAUAGUUUUGAAUUGCUUGUAACUGCAAAAAUAAAGCUGUGAAGCAACAGAUGGUUAGCUCCUUUAUGUAAUUUUUUUAUGAAGUGUAAAUGACAGGUAUGAUCAAACAUUUCACUACUGUUACUAAGUGAAAAAGAUGUUAGAAAUUGUUUGUGUUCACAAACCAUACUUAACCUAGUCACUUCACACCACAUAAGUUAAUAGUUAGGAAUACAUUUGUGAUAUAAUAGUAUAGCUUAAACAUUGAGAGGUAAGGUGGUCAUUAUGAUCUUGUACUCAAGCUGGAAUAAACCGUUCUAAAUUUACCCAAAUCUAAUAUUUUUUUAAAAAUACAUCUGGGUGUAUGUUUUCUAGUGCAUCCUUAAUCUGCCCUUCUUUGCAGUAAAAUGGAAAAAUCACAUGUUGAUUGUACUUAUGUUCAUGUUGUUCAAGGGUGGUGUCCUACAUAAGGAUCAGUUCCCUGUCCUGAUGAUCAUUCUUUCAAUUCUAUAGUAUUUACCUGUAAGCAACUUAUUUUAUAUAAGACUGAAAUGUAUCAUUAAAAAAGUUGGUCUUUAAAAACAA